CUUUCUCUCUCUCUGUAUCUCAUAGUUUCUUAUUCUCCCCUUGAAAAUCCACUGUCUCUGUCUCAACCCCAAAACAAAAACAGAGAAGACAAAGGGCAGAAGGGCUUGUUCCCUUUCAACUCUCUCUGUCUCUUCUUCACCACCAUCUCUCUCUCUCUCUCUCUCUCCUGAGAGGAGAGAGAACAACAAAAACUCUCAAAACACACACACACACACAUUCUCUCGUAUAAUGGCGAGAACAGUCUCCAACAACGACGAUGAAACAGCAGCGAAAGAAGAGGGUGAGGUGAAAGAUGGCGUAAGGAAGGGGCCAUGGACCCCAGAAGAAGACGCGAUCCUGAUGGAGUACGUGAAGAAGCACGGCGAAGGGAAUUGGAACUCUGUGCAGAAGAAUUCUGGUUUGUUAAGGUGCGGCAAAAGUUGCAGACUCAGAUGGGCCAAUCAUCUCAGGCCUAAUCUCAAGAAAGGUGCAUUCUCUCCAGAAGAAGAACAAGUCAUAAUCGACCUUCAUUCCAAGCUUGGAAACAAAUGGGCGCGAAUGGCAGCACAGUUACCUGGUAGGACCGACAAUGAAAUAAAGAACUUUUGGAACACCAGAAUGAAAAGGCGUCAGAGAGCAGGGUUACCCAUUUAUCCUCCUGAAGUUCAUGCAGAAGCCAAUGCUUACCAUCUACAACACCACCGCUACUUGGAACAACAACAACCACCACCUUAUUCAUCUUCAUCAUUUUCUCUUCUCCUAUCUUCAUGUUACCCCAAGAAGCUCAAUGAUCCAAACCAAAUCCAUCACCAUUCCAGUGCAAAUCCAAUGCAAAACCAACCUGAUCAUUCUGCCGACCGUUCCAUCAAUCCAAGCCAGCAAUUCAAGUUUUCCAAUGAAAACAGUACUGGAAACAAUGGAAACUUUGCUUUUCCAAUGUCUCCUCUUUCUCCAUAUGGAUCAUCCUCCUCCACCCUUCUUAACCACAGUUUUGGUGGUGAUCAUGGUGGCUUCAUUGCAGGAUCUCCCUAUGAACAACCCUUUCCUUUGGUGCAAGGCUCCACCACUGACAUCUCUUCCAACCAAACUCCAACCCCUGCUUCAUCCUAUGCUAGUGGGGUUGAUGGCUUGAUGGGAGCUUCAAGCAUGGUUAAUAAUAACAAUAAUAACAAUGAUUACUAUGAAGUUGCACCAUUAUCUCCUCAUCAAGGAAACAGUGGCCUGUUGGAUGCUCUAGUAAUGGAGGCUCAGGGACUUUAUCACAAUGAGAAGUCAAGGAGUGAGGAGGACUUAAACUUAGCUGGGAAGUUGUCUUGUAAGAGAAAGAACAUGGAAUACGCAGAGGAGGGAGGCACUGUGCCAGCUGGGGUGUCAGCCAUGAAGAAGAACAGUGGCAACAGUAGUAAUGAAAGCCAGAGGGAUGAUGAUAUUAGCUCCUCUCAAUUGUCAAAAGGGAAGAAACAAAUUGGCGAGGACCCGUUGGAAGAGAUGAAUGGGAUGGACGAUGACUUGGUUAGCCUGCUCAACCAAUUUCCCUUAGAAAUGCCAAUGCCUGAGUGGUACCGUAGAGGAGAAAAUCAGUCAUUGGGACUUGAAAAUCAGCCCAAAGCUUCAUCACCAGACCCCGCUGAUCAUGAACAUGCUUGGACUCUCGGAACUUGCUGGAACAACAUGCCUCGCAUAUGCUAAAUAUAGCUUCUAGACAACAACAACAACAAUCACGUGUUCUGUAAUGAUGAUUACAGAACGAAAAGUUCAUCGUAGUGAUCGAAGUAGAUGGAAAUUAAACUCAUGUGGUAUGUGUUAGAAUUUAGAGAUGUUGAGUUAGCUAUAGCUAGGGUGAUCAAAUUCAAAGCAAUGCACACCAGCCAUAUUUCAUAUAUUCCUCCCCUACCCCCCUUAUAACAAAUGGCUUGGUGUAGAAGUUAGACUUUUCGGAUUCAAGUGUUUUUCAUUCGUAGUUAAAUUUAGUGGUUUUGUGCUAUUAGAAAGAUAGUGCAAAUUUGAAGCUUGCUUUCAUUGCAGCUUGUUUAGCAUCCUUGGAAUGCUUUGUGUACAUAAUAUGAUAUCAUGAAUUGCCUGAUGCUUAUUAGAAUU